CUGAGUACCAUUUUAGGUCGAUAGUCUCCCGCAGAAUAAUCGUUCGAACUUAUAUUGAUGCUUUUUUGUUUCAGUGACAUCUUCGUACGAUAUUGAAGCCGUACAGGGCAGUGUAGCGAAACUCCCGUGUGACAUCGAACCGUCGAUACCAGGUGACAAGAUGCAUAUAGUGAUAUGGUUCAAAGAGUCAGACAACAAAAGGGAGCCCAUAUACUCCUUCGAUGCCCGAGACAUUCUACUGGAGAAAGGGAAACAUUGGGCGGACGAAAGCUUCCUGGGUGGACGCGGUUAUUUCCGGUACCAGGACAAACCUGCAAAGCUAACGUUGGAUAGUGUGAGGGAUAACGACGGUGGCAUAUAUUACUGUCGUGUAGACUUCAAGCAGUCUCCUACGAGAAACAUCAAGGUCAAUCUUACAAUAAUCAUUCCUCCAGAGAAGCUUAGUGUCCUUGACGAGUCCGGAGCGCACAUACCUGAUUACGUACUAGGACCUUACAACGAAGGAUCAUCUAUUAACGUCACAUGUGUCUCGACUGGAGGUCACAUGGUGGCAAGAAAACGCCUUGCUCGAUGA